AUGGGUUCGAAGGAGCAUGUUCUCAGAUGUCUUCCUGCUGUUAUCACUACGUGCUUGGCAUUGGGCACACGCCGUAUGGCGAAGAAAAAUGCAAUUGUACGCUCGCUGCCAUCUGUAGAAACACUGGGUUGCACCUCAGUGAUAUGCUCUGAUAAGACCGGAACACUGACAACAAAUCAGAUGAGUGUAUCGAAGAUGUUUAUUGCCGAAAAAGUGACCGGUGAUGAUAUCGAUUUCACGGAAUUUACCGUCACUGGCUCAACAUAUGAACCAUCCGGACAGGUAAGUAGCCGUUUUGCAUAUUGCCAGCGACAGAUUGAUGACUAG